AUGUUGCUGCGUUGGUGGGCGGGUCUUCCCCUGCUCCUCCCCCUCCUGGUGCUGUGUGGGCGUGGUUUGGCCCAGAGUUCCGAGCCCAUGUUUCGGUCGGUGACUGAGACAGUCCUACCUCCUGACAACCAGCACAACCCCACCCAGCUGAACUAUGGGAUGGCCGUUACUGAUGUGGACGGAGACGGAGACCUGGAGGUGGUGGUGGCGGGGUACAACGGUCCUAACCUGGUCCUGAAGUAUGACCGUGGUCAGCAGAGGCUGGUGAACAUAGCGGUGGAUGACCGCAGCUCUCCAUUCUACGCCCUGAGAGACCCCCUGGGGAACGCCAUCGGGGUGACUGCCUGCGACGUCGACGGGGACGGGCGGGAGGAGAUCUACUUCCUCAAUACAAACAACGCUUACUCUGGUCGGGCCACAUACUCUGACAAGCUCUUUAAGUUCCGUAACGGACGCUUCGAGGACCUGCUGGGUGAUGACAUCAACGUGCGCCGAGGAGUAGCCAAUCGGAUGGCAGGACGCUCCGUGGCAUGUGUGGACAGAAAAGGUACAGGGCGUUAUGCUGUGUAUGUAGCUAACUAUGCCAGUGGAAAUGUUGGUCCCCAUGCCCUGAUAGAGAUGGACGAGGCAGCCAGUGACCUGGCCAAGGGCAUCAUCGCCCUGUCUGACGUUGCAGCACAGGCCGGUGUCAACAAGUACACAGGUGGGCGUGGUGUAGUGGUUGGACCAAUCGUGAGCCAGAGCAGCUCUGACGUGUUCUGUGACAACGAGAACGGACCUAACUUCCUGUUCCGGAACAAUGGAGACGGAACCUUCACUGACAUUGCUCAACAGGCAGGUGUGGAGGACCGCUACCAGCACGGCCGAGGCGUGGCGCUGGCAGACUUUAACGCUGAUGGGAAGACUGACAUCGUCUACGGAAACUGGAAUGGCCAGCACAGACUGUACCUACAGGACAACAACCAGAGAUUCAGGGACAUAGCCAGUGGGCCGUUCUCCUCUCCCUCUCCCGUGCGGACGGUCAUUGCUGCUGACUUUGACAAUGACCAGGAGCUGGACAUCUUCUUCAACAACAUCGCCUACAGAGGACACGCCCCCAACAGGCUCUUUAGGGUGGCCAGGAGGGCUGGUGCUGACCCCCAGAUAGAGGAGCUAAACGUGGGGGAGGCAGCAGAGCCACAGGGCCGGGGUACAGGUGCCACGGUAACAGACUUUGACGGGGACGGUCAGUUGGACCUGCUGGUGGCUCAUGGGGAGAGUGCCUCUCAGCCCAUCUCUGUCUUCAAGGUCACUCAGGGCUCGUCCAAUCACUGGCUGCGUGUAAUCCCUCGCACGCGGUUCGGCUCCUUCGCCCGCGGGGCCCGGGUCACGGCCUACACCAAUCAGAGCGGGGCUCUCAUGCGCAUCAUCGACAGCGGCUCGGGGUACCUCUGUGAGAUGGAGCCUGUCGCCCACUUUGGACUGGGCAAGGACGAGGUCACUGUGGUGGAGGUCUAUUGGCCGGAUGGCCGUUCCGUGGCCCGCCCACUGCAGCCUGGUGACAUGAACUCUGUGAUGGAGAUUGGCUACCCUAAAGAGGGGGAGGAGUCUGUGCUGACCCCUGAUACCCAGUGUGGGGAAGGAUUCUCUGUCAAGAAUGGCCGCUGUGCAGACAACAAUGAGUGUAAGCAACAGAGUGGGCCCCCAGUGUGCCCUAAGAGCCGUCCAGUCUGCAUCAACACCUACGGCCACUAUAACUGUGGCCCCAGGAAGACAUGUGCCAGGGGCCACAAGCCCACUAAGGACGGGAAGGCAUGUGUGGCUGUAGCUCCGUUCUUCCAGGGGGUCCGCUCUUCCUCAUCCCCCGGGCCAGGGCCCCUCCUCUCUGGCCUCUCCCUCGUACUUCUACUGGCCUUCUCCAUGGUCUGAAUGGAGAUAUGAGGCUAAGGGCCUCUCAGUCACAUGCCUCCAUGGGGAUUGCUUGACUGAGUCCCAAAUUGUAGCCUGGUCAAUCCCUAUAUAGUGCACUACUUUUGACCACAGCCCUCCCAUGGACUCCAAUGAUGCUCCAGGAGUGUCAAGGUCCUACCGGAUGAACUUUGACAUGUAUGCUGCUAGAAGGAGUGACCCUUGACACCUCCACACUGGACAACUAUGCACUUCCCUUUUGGGGGGGGGGGGGG